UAGUAAGCGAGCCCUCUCAGUUAGGACUACAGUUCCCAGCGUGCUCCGCGCUCUGCUAUAGCGACACGUUCACACCCGGAAGCGGAGCCGGAGCUGCGUGCAGGAUCUGCUUGGUUGUUCUGCCAUGUCUGCCCCGGGUGAAGCGAAACCUAAACGGAUCCUCGUCACCGGAGGGGCCGGUCUCGUUGGGAAAGCCAUUGAGAAGGUCGUGGCGGAUGGAGAGGGCCGGCCGGACGAGGAGUGGAUCUUCGUGGCCUCCAAAGAUGCUGACCUAACGGAUGCAGCUGCCACCAGAGCGCUUUUUGACAAACACAGACCCACGCACGUUAUCCACCUGGCGGCCAUGGUCGGCGGACUCUUCCGGAACAUGAAAUAUAACCUGGAUUUCCUGAGGAACAACCUCCACAUCAACGACAACGUCCUGCAUUCGGCGUACGAAACGGGCGUGCGCAAGGUGGUCUCCUGCCUGUCCACCUGCAUCUUCCCAGACAAGACCACCUAUCCCAUCGAUGAGACGAUGAUUCAUAACGGCGCUCCCCACAGCUCAAACUUUGGAUAUUCCUACGCAAAGAGAAUGAUUGACGUGCAGAACAGGGCGUACCACGAGCAGCACGGCUGCAGCUUCACCUCCGUCAUACCCACCAACGUGUUCGGCCCUCAUGAUAACUUCAACAUUGAGGACGGCCACGUCCUGCCUGGACUCAUUCACAAGGUCUACCUGGCCAAACUUAACGGCGCACCUCUAUCCAUUUGGGGGACGGGGAAGCCCCGGAGGCAGUUCAUCUAUUCUCUGGAUCUCGCCCGGCUCUUUAUCUGGGUUUUACGGGAAUACGACGAGGUGGAUCCGAUCAUCCUGUCCGUUGGUGAAGAAGACGAAGUAUCCAUUAAGGAGGCCGCCGAAAGCAUCGUCGCUGCCAUGGACUUCAAGGGUGAAGUAAUUUUUGACAGCACAAAAUCCGACGGGCAGUACAAGAAGACGGCGAGUAACGCCAAGCUGCGGAAAUACCUCCCCGACUUCCGCUUCACCCCCUUCAGUCAGGCCGUCCAGGAGACUUGCGAUUGGUUUAACGCCAAUUACGGCCAAGCGAGGAAGUGAGAGCCGCGGACGGACGCCGUGGAGCGAAAACAAAGCCCUGAGACCGUAGAAGCUCGGCUUGCGCGUUGGUGGCAGACGUGGGAUAUGCCCGUCACGGCAGAGUUUGUUAGGCGGCCGCCGUCUUUGCUGGAGACUAAAGCGGGUUCUUUUUAUUAAAAAUGAAUAUUGAGCGGUAUCUACACUGUCUCCGGGGGGAUCCGUAAUCAAUACUGGGGAUACAUUUAUAGGGCUGUGCGUCUGCGCAUGAGCUGAGGUCUCUUUAAAAUAAUAUGGAACCGAUUCAAGCGGGGUGUAUUUAUUUUUACUACGUUUGGGGUCUGUACAGAAUGAAAGGUAUAGAUUUCGCUUUGCUGCUCACGCUCCAGGGCUAGUUUUUCUCAGCUGUUUUCUAAAUCUUGUGGAAAUUUGAUUUUUUUUUCCCCCGACUUCUGUGAUUUUGUUAGAAGUAACUUUUGUUAAAUAAAUAAAACCUGAGAUGGGCCGGGUGACUUCGCAAUGAA